GAAAGGUCGCGCCGGCCAAAAACCUUCCGCGCACGCGUAAAUUUAAAACAAAAAGUUAUUCACGGACAUCCAUUUUUAAUCACAACAUUUGAAUUCGGAAUGAAUCAUUCGCAAAACCAUUCCCCAAUUGAAAACAAAUAAAUCGAGUGAAGUUAAUAAUAGUAGUUGUAAAUAAAUGCAUUCAUUUCGAAAAUCAAAAGCGUUUACAUCGUUAAAAGCAGUCAAACAAGUGUAAUAUUUAAACAGAGCAAAAUAAACAAAACGUGCCUGAUUGGAAUCUGUUUGAUGACGGUGUUGCCAACGUUUAAAUUUGAGAAUUAAAAAAAAUAUGGAUUGGCGCGAGAAACUUUUCGGCAAAGUGCUCGUGAAGUGUGACUCGCCGGGAACCCAGAGUGGGAAAUUCGAGAAUGUGUCUACUUUAGAGGCUUUGAGUGACUGUGUAGAAGAAGGAGAGGGAGCCGUGUGUGGAAUAUACUUUUCUUUUGCAAACAUUAGCGACUCGAGUGAUGAUUUUGGUGUGAGAUUGGAGGAGCUGUAUAAAAUAGUGCAGCCUCGUUUGAAGGUGGUCCAGGUGGUGCUGUGGGCUCAUGUUGGGACUCCAGAGGGGCUGGUGGAAAGAGAAGCAGGUUUCCGGAGAAGUUUGACUGGAAAACCCUGGCUUGCAGUUCCGUUCCACGAUGUAGACACUAAGCGCCGCCUCACGCAGAAAUACAGCAUAGCCGUGGGGGUACCCACCCUUGUGAUCCGCGGUCGAGCGGUCCGCGACGCUUUGCUGGCGGAUCCCCUCGGAGGACGAUUCCCGUGGCCCGCCCCCCCCGUCCAUGAGCUGCUGAGAGGAGUCUCCCUUGAGGGGGAGAAGAAGAAGCUGUAUGAUGAACUGCCUGCCGAUAGCGUUAGGGUCUUCUACUUCGCUGCUCAUUGGUGCCCCCCUUGUCGAGCAUUCUCCCCGAGCUUGUGCGCCGCGCUCGCCGCCGUCCGCAAGAGACGGGCCAAGUACGCGCACACGCAGCUGAUACUCGUCUCCAGUGACAGGAGCGAACGGUCCUACAACAGGACCCUCCAGUCCGUCUCAUCAGUAGGCGCGCUAUCCGUACCCUGGUCUUCAUCAGAGGCCAGGCUAGCGUUACCAGCAGCCCUGGGCGUGGCUGGUAUACCUGCAGUCGUGGUGACGGAUGCAGCAGGGAAGGUCCUUACCCAGAAUGGACGACACCAUCUUGCUACGGAUCCUUUAGGACUGAAUUUCCCCUGGGCUCAGCGGCCAGUGUCCGUGUUGACGGAGCAAGCGCUGCUGAAGAUGGCGCGGCACCCAGCUCUGGUGUUGUUUGUUGAUGACGAGGACUCCGAAAUAGAAUUCGCCGAGUCAGUGCUCACCCCGUCAGCGGAGUCCUACUACGAAGAGUGCAGCAUACAAUUCCCUGGGUUCUGCCCCUACCAGAACUCCUCGGACGACGAGACCAUGGACUUCGACUACCCCACGUCCAAACACUCCAGGGUCAAGAAGAAGCCAUUCAAACACGUCAUGUUUUACAUCGGUAUUGAUGGGACUGACAGCGCAGACAUGUUGAGGGAACACAUUGGCAUGGACGAUGCUGUUCCUUUGUUGACAGCUAUAGAUUUCCCCAAACAGCGUCUGGUGACCAUGAAUUUUGGUGAUGAAAUCACGACGGAUUCCGUUCAAAACUUCGUGGACGCGUAUUUGAGCGGCAACGCUGUGUUCAAGCCACUCAAGCCGUAUAGCGAGAAAUGUUAAAGUUAUGUUAAACCUGUCACUAUAUAUACGGCCUCUGUGGCGCAGCGGUAGUGCGCUUGUCUGUGACACCGGAGGGCCCGGGUUCGAAGCCCGAUCAGGGCAUGAUGAGAAAAAAACUUUUUCUGAUUGGCCUGGGUCUUGGAUGUUUAUCUAUACAGGGUGACAUGCAACAACUGCAUCCUUUUACACUACUACUACUCCAAUAUAGACUAUACCCAUGCUUCUGAGCUGUUUGAGCCUAUUUUUAUUUAAAUUAAACGUCAUCAUUUUCACAUUUAAAAAACCCUCAAAAACUACGUCACACGCUUUAUUAAAGACCAAUACUACAAAAAGAAAUUAAAACUAAACAUGUAAAUAAAUGUCUGAAAAAUAAAUUAUUUUUCUAGUAUCAAGAUCAAGUAAAGUACAGAGUUGUCGAGAUCGCUCAGCUGAAUGUAUUGUGUCGUUGACCUCUGAAUCUUACGCGUCGCUUUUCCGCCGACCGGGGUGAUAUGACGUAUUUAGGAUCGUGGAUUUUGAUACUUUAAUUUUUUUUCGUACUUUCUGAAAUAUGAACCGAUAUUUUUCUUUUAACGUUUUUAAAUAUCCUUUAGAUGAGUACACUUAACAGUUAAAUUUAUGCAGUUGAAUUAAAAGUCACCCUGUAUAAGUAUUUAUUAUAAAAUAUAGUAUCGUUGAGUUAGUAUCUCGUAACAUAAGUCUCGAACUUAUUUCGAGUCUAACUCAAUCUGUCUAAUUUGUCCCGUAUAUAUUUAUUUAUUUAUGUAUAAAUCUCAAUUCUAUCAUUAAGCUGAACGUUGCCUAUCAGCAUUUUCAAGACUGAUGGCUCUGUCUACCCCGCAAGGGAUAUAGACGUGAUUAUAAGUAUGUAUGUUAAAGUAGUGAAUGUAGAUGUUUUGUAAUAAAACAGAUGUGUUUGUUGCACUGAUGUUAUUAAUUGCGGUUUAGUAUAACGUUAUUAUUUUAUGAAAUUUAGUAUUAGAAAAUAGAUUUUGUAUUAGAUAACAAAUUAGAUAAACAACUCUGAAAUUAAUAAGAAUAUAUUUUGUUCACUUCGAAAGAAGUUGUUUUUGUAAACUUACUUUAAUUCAGCAUAAGUUAAUUCUGUUCAAAUCCUUUUUAACUUAUACCUCGUGACUUGUUUAAUUUAAGAUUUAAAGUUUGCAGACCAAAUAUCACAAUAAUAUUAUGAAGAGUUGCUCAUUUUUAGUCGAUUAUAUUUUCCCAUGAAAAUGGGACAUUCCAUUCAAAUGUGCGCUCAUUUGGUGAUGCACUAUGGUAGUGCUAACCCCAUUGCUAACCCAAGGGCUAGAUUUUCAAUAGUAAAAAAAAAUUUGAUACCGAAAUGAAAAAAAAAAAGAAGUUUCAACGUUCAAUUUUUUUUUAUUUCAUACACAUUUAAACAGCAGAAGGCAUUUUUGUACCAGUAUUUUUAUGUUAUUAAAAUAUUAAAAAAGAAAAUCAGUUCUUUUUUUAAUGUACGAUUUGCGGAGAUGAAUGAUUCCCAAAGAUACAAUUUGUAAUCUUGUUUUAGAAAUUAAA